AUGUCUGCCUCGCCUUCUCACCCUACUAAUCCGGCUAAACGCCCUCUAGAGGAUGCUUCCUCUCCUUCCCGGGGCAUUGAUCAACCCGAAGCCAAACGGCCUGCCCUUGACAAAGUUAUCAACAAUGGAGAUAAUGACAAGGAUAUUGAGCUUCCUGAGAGCAAUGGUGAUGGCGUCUCGGUACCUACUGCAACUAAUGGCACAGCCAAGCCCGAGGAUACCAAUCAGGACAAGGCUGAGAUCAAAGACGACCAAGGCGAUACUGUCGUACCUGAUGUUGAGGAAGCCAAGUCUGCCGUAGACGCCGCAGUUUCUGGCCCUACAGGCGUGUCCGGUGCCGCCGCGACCAACACUCACGAUGAGACUACAUGGAUUCAUAUCCGUGCUGUCAUCUCCAGCCCUGAAGCCGCUACCAUUAUUGGUAAAGGUGGCGAAAACGUUUCUAAUAUCCGGAAGCUAUCUAGUGCCAAGUGUACCGUCAGUGAUUACCAGAAGGGCGCUGUAGAACGAAUACUUACUGUUAGCGGAGCUGUUGAGGCUGUGGCCAAGGCGUUCGGUUUGAUUAUCCGAACCUUAAAUAACGAGCCUCUAACGGAGAAAUCCAACGCUCAGUCCAAGACAUAUCCUCUUCGACUGCUUAUACCUCAUGUACUUAUUGGGUCCAUUAUCGGGAAGGGCGGUGCCCGCAUUCGUGAGAUCCAAGAUGCUUCAGGAGCGCGGCUCAAUGCCUCUGACUCGUGCCUACCGCUAUCUAGCGAGCGUUCCCUCGUAGUCAUGGGCGUAGCUGACGCUGUUCAUAUUGCUACUUAUUAUGUAGGAAGCACGCUCCUCCAGCAACUUAACGAACGCUUCGGCGGCCCCGCCGCGUCGGCCUAUGCCACCCGGAGUGGUGGUCCCACCGGCGUCGUGCCCGGAGGAAUGCAAGUGGUUCCGUACUGCCCUCAACCCGCUGGCGGCAACUUUGGUCAUCGCGAAAACUACGGUCGACGACCCGAUCCUCGAGCCCAUCACAUGCCGCCGGCGCCGUAUACGCAACCCUACCACCCGCAUGCGGCCACGCCGCAACCUAACCCGAGUGUGCCGAUGCACUACGCACCCCAGGCAGCCGGAUAUGGUGCCGCACCGCACAUGCCGCCUCACCACGCCCCUCAUGUGGGUGGCCCCCAUCCUCACGGCGGUCCUCCAGCUCAGCCAAUGCACGGUGCUGCUAUCGCAGGAGCGCCAAUGACUCAACAGAUCUACAUUCCCAACGAUAUGGUUGGUGCCAUCAUUGGUAAGGGUGGUCAAAAAAUCAAUGAGAUUCGAACAAUUAGCGGCAGCGUGAUUAAGAUCAACGAGCCGCAAGAUAAUAGUAAUGAGCGGCUAGUAACAAUCACGGGAACCGAAGAAUGUAACAGGAUGGCACUAUACAUGCUCUAUUCUCGACUGGGUGAGACACCUAAAGCACCACGCGGCCGCGCGUAA